AUGUCAUCGCUUGCAAAAACUGUCAUCGCGACGGGCACCUCGUCAGGCCUGGGAUUCGAAGCGAUUAAGCAACUGUUGCAGCAGACAACGCCCUAUAGUUUCAUUCUGGGGGUCCGAGAUACAGAGAAAACCCGUCUGGCGUACGAUGAUCUAAAAUUCGAUACUUCAAAGCACAGCGUGUCUGUUUUACCCCUGGAUUUGCUGAAUCUCAAGAGCGUGCAGUCCUUCUCCAAGCAAGCGCUAUCUGAACUAGGUGAAAGGCCAUUGAACUAUUUGUUCCUUAUUGCAGGAUAUCUCUCUGGUGCCGAGGGACCGGGUCCACAUGGCUCGAAAUGGUGCGACUCGUACGUGGUCAAUCAUCUGGCCCAGCAUUACUUGACUCACCAAUUCGCCGAGACUCUUGCUGCCUCGCAGUCACGCAUUGUGGUCGUAUCUUCCGGCGCAGUUCGUAACGUCAGGGGCGGCGACGCAGUUACCCUUGACAUCGACCUCAAGGCAGAUUCCGGCGCAAAUGGAAGAGUGGUAUACAGCGCGUCCAAAUUCACCCAGCUAUUAGGCGCACACUACUGGCGUCGCAAUCUCCCGACUUGCAAAGUCGUCGCUGUCUCGCCUGGCCUCAUCCCCAAUACCAAGCUUGCGCAGCAUGACAGCUUGAGAUUGACGAUGGAUAUGCCGGAUGCGAAGACUGUUCCCGAGGGUGCCCGGAAUAUUCUCCGCGCUGUGACUGCUGAUGAUUUGCCCGCUGAUCCGGAACAGAUUUUCCUGACUAGCUGGGGUGAAUGGUGGCCGAAGGAUGUUUAUGCGCUGAGUCUUGAUGCGGCGUUGCAGGAUAGAUGGUGUCCUAGUAAAGAGGAGAUUGAACGGUCGGAGCCGAUUUUUCAAGAAUAG